CAAUAUAUUAGAAUCGAGAAAAGGGUUCGGAGGUAAAAGCUUCAAACGCCGCUUCUUCUUCUUCGUCUUCCUCUAUCGCUCUCUGUAAAUCACUUCUUCAACCAUCUCUGUGGAUUUUUCUCUAAACAUUAAUUGGUGAAGAAGAUGUUGACGGAAGAAGAAAUAAAAAGAUUGUACAGAAUCCAGAAGACGUUGAUGCAGAUGUUAAAGGAUCGUGGCUAUUUUAUAGCGGAUUCUGAACUAACGAUGACGAAACAACAGUUUAUUAGGAAACAUGGUGAUAACAUGAAAAGAGAGGAUCUUGUUACUCUUAAGGUUAAGAGAAAUGAUAACAGUGAUCAGCUCUACAUUUUCUUCCCGGAUGAGGCGAAAGUUGGAGUGAAGACGAUGAAGAUGUACACGAACAGGAUGAAAUCAGAGAAUGUUUACAGAGCUAUUUUGGUUGUGCAACAGAACUUGACUCCUUUUGCUCGAACUUGCAUUAGUGAGAUCUCUUCAAAGUUUCAUCUGGAAGUUUUCCAGGAGGCGGAAAUGCUAGUGAACAUUAAAGAACAUGUUCUUGUUCCUGAGCAUCAAGUUCUUACCACUGAAGAGAAGAAAACUUUACUGGAGAGAUACACAGUGAAGGAGACACAGCUUCCAAGGAUCCAAGUGACUGAUCCAAUCGCAAGAUACUUCGGACUAAAACGUGGGCAAGUCGUGAAGAUCAUUCGUCCUAGUGAAACUGCUGGUCGUUAUGGGUUGGAGUUGGAGAGGACGCUCAUGUCCAUUGAUACAAAUUUUAAUGGAGAAAAUUAUAGGUUUUUGUGUAACUCAGACCCUAGUCACGUAUUCUACAAGCAAACGCUUAAUGAAUACCUUAAUUCUAAGAAUCAAGAGGAUGGUGAUUAUGAAGAAGAAGCCGAUUUUCCGUCGCCUCCAUCUCGUUAUCGGGAUCUUUCUUUUAGAAGUCCUAAUUCGAUCACACGCAAGGACCUUAAUAUUAUUAAGCUCACAGCGCAGUUUGUGGCGCGGUACGGCAUGUAUUUUGUACAGGGUUUGAGGGAGAAAGUGGCUAAUAAACCUCAGUUUGAGUUUUUGAAGCCGAUGGAUAUCAGGUUUAGUUUCUAUAAUGGUAUUGUUCGUGCCUAUUCCACUGUAUUAAGGCCUUGCAGUGAUGAAAUUAUGAUGAUGAUUAGUGUUGCCUUUGUGGGCGUGUUUGAGGUUUUUUUCAACCGUCUUCAAUUGGAGAAGCUUGAGGAAGGAGAUGUUAUGGCUAUGAUUGAUUUGCAUGCUUUUGUGAGUGGUGUUGACUCUUUUGCUUACAUGGAUGAUCAAGACUUUCAUGAUGCCAUUAGUGAACCUGAACGCAUUUCACUGAUGCUCCAGUUUUCAGAAAUGAAACCACUGGGAUCUAACCAGCUUACUACUACUACUACUACUCAAGGUUGUGAUCAAAGUCGUUGCUCUCGUGCAUAUAGAUUGUUUGAAAAGCGGGUUACACUCAAGGAGCUUGGUAUCAUUAAGCUCACAGCGCAGUUUGUGGCUCGGUAUGGGCCGCGUUUUCGUAGGGAUUUGAUGGAGAGAGUGGCUAUGAACCCUUUGUUUGAGUUUCUGAAGCCAACUGAUAACAGGUCAAGAUUUUUCAAUUUUAUUGAAUAUGCUUAUUCUAGAGUAUUACUACCUUCAGAUCAUCUGUGGAAUAGUGUUGAUGGUUGUACGGGCGCAGUUCUUGAGUUUUUUUCAAAAUGUCUCCAAUUGGAGAAGCUGGAGGACGGUGUUGAGAUGGCUACUGUUGAUUUGCAUGCGUUUGUUGGUGGUCUUGACUGUUUUACUCACCUCAAUGAUCGAACCUAUUCUUAUAUCCCACCACCUGAACGCCUUUCAACGUUUAUGAGAUCUCAGCUUUGUAACCCUCAGAAUCACCAAGUAUGUGUACAAGAACCCGUUCUUGGGCCUAUAAGACUGGAUGAUACUAAAUCUAGAUUCACUGCAAAAGGGAUCACAACUAAGGAGCUUGGUAUUAUUAUGCUCACAGCGCAGUUUGUGGCAAGGUAUGGGUUCCAUUUCGGGCGGGAUUUGCGGAAGAGAGUUGUUAUGAACCGUCAGUUUGGGUUUAUGCAGCGAGCUGAUAGGAGGCAUGAAUUCUACCGUGGGCUUGUUAAUGCGUAUUACCUAGUAUUAAGGCCUUCCACACAGCGGGAUGAGCGUGAUCCUUGUACGGCAACCUUUCUUGAGACUUUUUUCGACAUUCUCAGAGUGAUGAAGCUGGAGGAGGAGGAGGAGGAGGGAGGUAGUUUGCAUGCAUUUGUGGGUGUUGUUGACUGUUUUGCUCGCAUGGAUGAUGAAGAGUAUUCUGUUGUCAUGCCACCAACACUACUAAGGCCGCCUGGUAUGCCUCCUCCAAAGAGAUCUCCAGCUGCUGAUAUUCAUGAUUAUUGUGUUGAUCUUGAUAAUCCUGAGCCUCAUCCUUUUAGAGAUCAUCGUCUAAGACCUACAUCUAACCAAUCUCAUGCUAUGUUGUGUCUCACACACAAGGAGCUAUGUGUUAUCAAGGUCACGGCGCAGUGUGAGGCGCGGUAUGGGAUGGAUUUUAUGCGGGCUUUGAUGACGAAAGUGGCUGAGAAGACACCUCAACAGUUUGAGUUUAUGGAGGCCACUAGUGGUAGGAGGUUUGAUUUCUAUAGUCAGCUUGUUGAGUCAUAUUCCAGAAUAUUAAUGCCUUGCAAAAAGCUUGAUGCGGACACCGUUCUUGAGGGGUUUUUCCAUUUGGUGGAUUGUUUCCAGCAAGAGGGAGUGGAUUUUCCUAUGGGUUUAGUGGAUGCUGUUGACUGUUUUGCUCACAUGAAUGGUGUCAUCAACCCACUACACAACAAUAACAUUACACUGGUUUAUACUGGUCAAGCUUAUGUUCAGUGUCCACCUCCUUCAAUGCAACCAGAGCCAAAGAGACGAAGAACGGUGUCUGGAGAGAUACACAGUGAAGGAGACACAGGUUAUUAGUAUAUAGAAACUUUGUUUGUUAUUGGUGAUGAAAUUUUAGUUGUGGGAACUAAAGUGUGGAACUUGUGGGUGUUCUUAGCUUCCAAAGAUUGGGAGAUACUUUGGACUAAAACGUGGGCAAGUCGUGAAGAUCAUUCGUCCUAGUUAAACUGCUGGUCGUUAUGUUGUAUAAGCCACACGGAAAAAAAAACUUGCAAGAUCUCAUUCUGAUCAAUGAUAAUCAAAACUGGAGUUGAUU